CCAUGAUCCCUCCCCCUCCUCAGAUCACACCAACCCAGCCACUACUACUACUUGCAAGUGUUAACUGCAACCCACAGCUAGCUGGCUCGCUGCUGCUCACAAGAACCAGUUGGUCAUCGUCGGGCAAGUGAAUCCUAGCUAGUUGUUGACCAGCAUGGCCAAGCUCGCCGCCACUUCCCUCCUCGCCGUCGUCCUGCUUGCGCUCGCCGCCCCCUCACUCGCCGGCGACCCCGACAUGCUCCAGGACAUCUGUGUCGCCGACUACAAAUCCCUCCAGGGCCCACUGAGGCUGAACGGGUUCCCGUGCAAGAGGCCGGAGAACGUGACGGCGGACGACUUCUUCUCCGGCCUGCUGGCGAACCCCGGCAACACGGGCAACGCGGUGGGUUCAGCGGUGACGGCGGCGAACGUGGAGAAGCUCCCGGGGCUCAACACCCUGGGCGUGUCCAUGGCGCGCAUCGACUUCGCCCCGUGGGGCAUCAACCCGCCGCACACGCACCCGCGCGCCACCGAGAUCAUCUUCGUCCUCCAGGGAUCCCUCGACGUCGGGUUCGUCACCACCGCCAACAAGCUCUACGCCCGCACCGUCUGCAGGGGCGAGGCCUUCGUCUUCCCGCGCGGCCUCGUGCACUACCAGAGGAACAACGGAAACACCCCGGCCGCGGUCAUAUCGGCGUUCAACAGCCAGCUGCCGGGCACGCAGUCCGUCGCCGAGACGCUCUUCGGCGCCUCGCCGGCGGUGUCCACCGACGUCCUGGCCAGAACGUUCCAGAUCGACGGCGGCCUCGUGGAGGGCAUCAAGUCCAAGUUCCCGCCAAAGUAGGCGCGCGCGCGCGCGCCGCCGUGCAGUUGAUGACUCCAUUCCGAUACAUUGCGCUUUAAUUUUGAUUCAUUUCAUACUCGUGCAGUACAUCAUCACGUUAAUGUCAAUUGGUUGGGUUGUUUCGUGUGGUCAUGCUCAUGCAUGGCCUCGAGCCCUCGACACUUUCACUGUUUGUUGCUUUUCAACUUCUGAGUCAGCCAUUUGUCUAAGGUACUAAGGUGUGGUAUGUAUAAUGUAUCUCUGUCCACUCGAGAAAAUGGCAUUGUCUCUCUAUUAUAGAUGUUCUUUUUUUGUC